AUGCCAAGCUUGACGGCAGAGGACAACGUGCAGCAGGCCAUGCUGCAGUACCACCAGAAGAGCAUCCUUCCUUCCCUGGACCAGUUGCAGAUGCGCUGCGAUCAAUUUUACAAGAUGGCACAACAUGAGUUUGCGAUGACACAGUACACCCUGGACAGACAUUCCAGCCAACUGCAGGUGCUGGAGCGUUCCAAAGCCAACAAAACCAUACUUUUGCUGGAUUUACCGCCAAUUUUCAACAAGAAGACUCUGGACGCAAAUGUUGGGUAUUAUCUGCAAGCCGCUGGCCUCCAAUGGGACCAGGUGGCGGCAAUGCACAAUCACAUGGUUUCCUCCGCCUCUUCACUUGUUCGCCUGGAAUUUCUCACUGAACAGCAAGCUGCCCAGUUUAGGGACCAGAUGAGACAAGGUCGCCGUUACUGGCGCGACCCCCAGCAGCAAGACCACAAGAUCAGGAUUGAGCAGGAUCAGCCAUUGGAAGACAGAUUGGCUAUGCAACCGUAUUAUGCUUUACUUGACGUCCUCGCCGAGCUCUAUGUGGAAGAAACUGGAGAAGACACCCAUGCCUCCCUACAGACCUGGAGGCAGACGCUGCAGAUCUGGACCCCUAAGGGGGUGGAGCCCAAGCAACUUAUUGGGCAGGUGAGCUACGUGCUUGAUCCGCGCUUUGCGCGCCGCUACUCAUGCUUGCUUUUGGUACAUGACAGAUUUUACGACGCGGCCCUGACAAGAUGGCAUGCAAAAUUUUCGCGGAGACUUCGGGAUACCUUGUUUCUGGCACAGGCGCUCAAGCGCGCCACUUCUGACCGCACGACUGUGCAACGCGCUUCCUACGACAAGGCCUUCGACCUCACUACUGCCUCCCACGCGCAGGCUUUUCCUUACACGGUGAUGCCGGUACGCAUUUCGGAUGAUCUGGCUUCUAUGCUUGAGUCUCACCCCAUGUUGCCUUUUCAAGGCGCUGGCGGCAUGACCGCCUUGACGGCCCAGGCUUUCUUAGACCAAUGGACUCCCCAGAUGGGCAAAGGCAGCAGUGACCGAUCUUCUUACCAAGGAUGGUCCCAGAAAUCCGGAUGGUCUGACUACAACACAUACCAGAAGCCCAAAGAUAAAGGCCAGGCCAAGGGCCAAUGGUUGAAUGUUUUCAAGAAUGCUCUCGGGGUGCUGGCGGUGAUGGUGUUCGGCAAGGACGCAACCGGGGGCGGGCCGGUGGGCGGGCCGGUCAUGCACGUCGUGGCUGCCAACUCUUCUGGCCGCAAUCGCACCAGGGAUCACUUGUUUCCCAUGCAUUCAGCAGACAAACGUGCAAAAGUUUCUGGUCGUGCGGGUUGGAAGGUUUGGACGCCAGAGGCGCUGUUGAGGGCUGCUUUUGCAAGUCCGUCUGCGGCGUUACGCCAGGUUGCACAGGAGAUUGACGGUGCGAGUGGCAGCCACGUGCUGAAUGCACGGAUGUUGGUUGCCGACAUCAUCUUGCAAAAGCAAGCCGAAGGUUUGCAAUACCAGAAAACAGCAGCAGUGCGUUCGGCCCUUCUCGCAUCAGCCCCCAAGUUCUGGAUAAUGAACCUUAUGUUUGACGAAACAGAGUUAGAGUUGACGCUGGAUGGCGAAGGGCCUGGGGCCUGGUCAAUUCUAGCAUCGCACUCGCAGCUGAGCAUUGGCAAUGGUGAUUCUGAUUCUGUUCAGGAGUUCGAUUUUGUGCGACUCCCACAAGCCUUGCCCAGGAAGACGGCGUCUUGCAUGUACGAGGCUCUUUGCCAGGGUGAGGGCAGUCUCGCAGCAAACAGCAUGUCAUUGCAGGCUGAUUAUUGCUGUAUCAUCAUCACUUGUGAUCAAGCAUCUGCCAACAUCAGGCUUUUAAAGCACGUGCAUGCCGUGCUGCCUGAAAAAGUGUAUUUGCUGCCAAUGCUGUGUGCACAACACCGAAAUGGAAAUGUGAUAGAACGUUUGACAAAAUUACUCGGCAUUUUGCCAGGUUGCUAUUGCUUGUCCAAGUGCAGCCAGAAAGGCAAACUCUUCAAGGAUUGGAAGCAGGCAAUCAGAACCCAGUUGCAGGAUGAUUUGAAAAUCCUGCCCGCAGAGCCCCCAGGCGUGCAGGCAGAGUGGGCAGCAGCAAGAAAACAAGCCCAAUUGUUCUUGGAACUGGUGCUGGAAGGUCUUGCCGACAACAUUGACGACAGUUCUGGUCUUCGUCCGGGUACUUCGGCCGACAUCAAGAAGUUCACAGACUUCUUCCGAGGCCCUUGGACAGGCCUUUCAGCUUGUUUCGAGCCAGCAGAUGCUCGGAGACAGGCAUUGUCAGGCCUUUGGACAGGUAAAGACAUGAAGCCUCAGGAUGUGUAUGGAGCUGUGGAGAAGCUGCAAUCAGUGCUGUGCUGCGACACCUAUGGUGGGGUUGACGCUGUCCGGUAUGCCCGGGAUGCGUACAACAAGCGGCAUCCGAUGCACCUCAUCCUCGACCUCCAGAACGGCAAAGGCGGGAAGUUGUGGCUUGGAGGCCACUUCGCGGUUAUUGACCGCCUUCACUCAGUGAUCGAGCUGCUUUUGAAGGGCUUCUCCGUGGUGAUUUUAUGUCACAACGGAGCGCACAGGACCGUGUUGCUCUUGAUGAUCAUCUGUGGCAUUCCCUUCGAUACGGCCAGUCACCAUGUGACACAGCUUCGGAACAUCGUGGACCUUCAAAGCCGAGCACCGUGCAGAGGCGGACGUAUCAACACAAUACGCCCGAUGGACUUUCUGGCGGAGGUCUCUGACCAGGUUGCUGUCACGGGCGCCAUGGUCGGCAACGGCAGAGGCGUGGCAUCAAGCAACAUGCUGAACGAUCUCAUGACACCUUUGACGUUGAGGAAAAUGGCUUUGGAGCUGGGUUUCGAGACUCGCAACCACAUCCGGCCGAGCCUCCCGUCUCUGCCAGUUUCGAUGGUCAGGGCCAAAGGCCAGGUUAAAGAAGUCCGAGAUCUGUUGGAAGCCCGCUCACAGCAGAUUGAGGCCACCAGGCCAAAAGCCAGAGCUCCCGCCGCCAUCAAAACGAAGGCCAUGCCGGCAGGUGGGCGGGUUAAGGCAUGGAGGUUCAGCGAUUCGGGUGAGACGGGGACGGAAUUUGGCUUCACCACUGACGACUCCUACGAUAUUGUGAGCAUGGUUGGCGGCAAAGGCCUCACAGACUUUGAGUCCGAUGCUCCCAAGCGUGCAACACUCCCAGGAGCUGCUUCGGCCAGUGGCGUUGCGCCAGGUUCCCGACCCCAGUCUUCGGCAUCUGAUGGCACUGAAGAUCCGGACGCCGGUGCUCUGCCAGCCUCUUUGCCAGUGUCGUCCGAGGCAGAGGACGACGCGUAUUACAUGGUGGACAAAAGCCAACAGUCUGCGAGUACGAAGAUGUGGCAGGAUCGCAACCCGGAAAGCCCAGUUGCCUCGCCAAGGUGGACCUCCGAAGACUUCGUUCGGCUGCAAGGGGUAGUGAAAGACCUUGGAGACUUGAAUCGUCAGCUCAUGGCUUUCACCGCCAGCCCGGACGAGCUUGACGAGGAAGUCGAAGUUGAGGUCGAGGUUGAGGACGAGCCGGUGGAGGAGCAGAAUGUGAAGAUCGAGGAGGAGGCGGCUGACUAUGGUGGCGAUACGGAUAUGGAGCAGCAAGAGUCAGACCAAGCCGGCAAAGGAGAAGCUGAGGCUAUGGAGGAAGAGGAAGAGCACCCACCUACAAGCCCGGUGCCUUCUGAAGGCGAGGAAGAGACCAAGCCCGAGCCAGCUGCGGAUGAUAAGUCCAUGGCAGCGGCCUCUGGCCAGGUGUUCGUCGACCCCAACAUGACAGCCGCCGCUGCCAUCGAAAAUCUGGUUCAGGCUGUCAACCGACUACAGAAGGCUGGCGAGAAGGACGAGGGCCAGGAUCCGGAGUCAGCUGAGACGUUAGCCAGGCUGUUUGAGUUGUUGGAGACACAAAAGGUCCAGCAACAGACGCUACUGACGCGACUCACAAAGGUCACGAACCAGGCUGAGGCAGACCAGCGCAAGAAGGAAGUUUUCGAGGUCAUGUACAACCGUGACUUUUCGAGGCUGAGGCACCUCCUGUGCAACGAGCUGCCGGUCUCAGAGCUGGCUACCCUGCGCGAUCACCAAGGCAUGAGCCUUGCUCAUCAUUUGGUCGAAAGCCCCUUCAUUGGCGGAUGUGGCAACACUUCCAUCCGGUAUGCCGCCCAAUUGGCUCAAGGUGCCUACGCUGUUAUGGUGACCACUGUGCUGUGCUGCAAUGCUCCUGGCAAUGGCGUGGCUGAGAAGUGGCUUGGUUGGGCCUUGGGUUGGGCAAGCACCGGCAGCUAUGCCAACAUGGCCUUUGGCCCCGUUGCCCACGUCGUCUGCAGAGCCAUGACGGUUGACCCUAUUCUAAGCCAUGCUGGAUUGCCUCUCCAGCAUGGCCUGCCUGGCUUGCUACAGGCUGACUCUGAUGUGAUGUGUUUCUAUGACAUGGCCGGCCGCACAGAUGGAGAAGAGGACCCGUGCCGCAAGUGGCAGUACCGCGCUGCACAUAGCGGCGUCAAGGGGGCAGCUCAGCUUUAUCAAGAAGAUUUGCUGGUGGAAAAAAAAGGACAAGGAGUCGUGGACAUGGCUCUUGGCAACAACAUCGAAUGCGCAAACUACCUCAAAACAACAUGGGGUGGACGCGAACUUUUGGAAAACCCGCGCAAGCGGGGACAGGGCUAUGUCUGA